UUGUUGCAGUAGUUGAGCUCCAAAACCAACCCCCUCAUCAACCCCUCUCCAAAAGUUGUCUCUCUUGUCUAUAAAUCCCCCAAACAUUCCUCUGUUUCUCAAUCACAGCACCAAAUUCAGGUUCAAACAAACCCAAAAUGAAGCUCCUUGGCCCCUUUCUUCCACUCCUGGCCUUGGCCCUGGUGGCUGUUCUUCCGGCGAAUGGCCAGACCAAUACCCCAUGUACUGCCUCCAUGCUCUCCUCCUUCACCCCUUGCAUGAACUUCCUCGCCAACAGCUCUGCUAAUGGCACUUCCCCGACUGCCGACUGCUGUAAUGCCAUCCGAUCACUUGCUAGCGGCGGCCGGGACUGCCUCUGCCUCAUCGUCACCGGAGGAGUUCCCUUUCAAAUACCCAUCAAUAGAACUCUCGCCAUUUCUCUUCCUCGCGCUUGUAACUUGCCUGGUGUCCCCCUCCAAUGCAAUGCCGCUGCUGCCCCUGUUCCUGCUCCAGGCCCAAUUGCUCUUGGACCAAGUUUCCCGCCGGAAUCUUCACCGUCGGCGAGUCCUCAAGCGCCGGAACCCACCACGCCGGCUCUUACUCCGGUAGCUGAAACUCCAUCUUCUCCGUUGGUUCCUGAAGCGGAAGCUCCGACGGGAACGGCCGGAAGCCGCCCGGUUCUGACUCCCUCCUCCUCCGCCGUCCGAUCAAACAGUUUUCCUUUCCUGUUUCUGGGAUUCGUAUUUGUAAUUUUAAAAUUCAACUGAGUGUUUGAUGGAUAUUGUUGUUCCUCAUGAUUCCGAUUUCGUUUUCUUUUAUUUCUCUCUUGUAAUAUAAUUGUUAUUCGCCGAAAUUUGAUUGGAGUUUUAUGAUUC